AUGCGUCUUCUUGAUGGAGCUGGUCUCCACAAACUCGCUUGGUCGGCUUGCAUGCUCGAGAGAACAAAGCAGCGCUUCAUGUUUUCUACAGAUUUCAAGCACGACGGUAUACUAGAGAUCAUGUUUGCUGCUAUCCUCUUCCUUACGCCGAGAGUCACUACAUUCACCUGGCGCGAUAUGAACACCAACCCAAAGGCCUUUAUCCUGGACCGUAUCAUGAGUGAUGCAGUCAAAGGUGGUCUUCCCUUGCUGCCCAAGCUUCAGUACCUAAACACGGAAAAGUCGGCAUUUGUCGAAGCAAAGCAAGCACAGUUCUUCACCCCUCACAUCAACCUGUGGGAUAACCUGCACACUCUGUAUCUCAACGAUGUCGAUAUGGACGUCGAGUUCAUCGAAAUGCUAGCUAAGGGUGAAUUUAAGAAGGAUCGGCCUAUCAAGGACCUCCAUAUCCUCUGUGUGCCAGGAUCUGAGAAACCAGGCAGCAUGAGCUCGUUCCCGCCUGGAUUCGAACUGUCAUCAACCACACUUUUGGAUGCUGACGAUAUAGAUAAGGACAAAGAAAAGUUCAAGGCAUUUCCCAACCUUGAGCUUCUCAGCGUCAGAUUCGUUCAUCACCAGGAACGUUACGAAAACGGCUCGCUCACCUUGAGAGCCUUCUUGCAUGCGGUUGGCUGCCCCAAGGUCUUGAGAUUGGAAGGCCAUAAACUGCCAUUCAAGGUCCUCGACACCGGCGUCACACACGACAGACUUACCUACCUCAAGGUUCGCGAGUAUGAUCCACAGUCCAGGUCAAGGACAUUGCAAAGUGAAAGCCUCUUGGCAGGACUCAAUUCGUGGUGGGGCGAGAAUUCAUCGCUGGUGCCGAACCUGACCAGGAUUGAUCUGGAUCACUACAGUUUCCAACGCGAGUAUCUCUCCGAGGAAAAGAAGACAGUCUGGAGAGUUGUUGGAGAGGACGAGUGGGAGGAUGACUCGAAUAACGGGUUUGACGAUGACGAUGACGACGAUGGUAGUAUUGAUGGGGAUGAGCCUGUUCGACACGUCUACGACAACGUCUACUAUGAUCCGCAACUGGAUCAGUAUUUCGAGGGGUAUUCAACACUGAUGGCGGCUUUGAAUGAGAUGGGUAUUCAGCAUGACAUCGACCAUUAUCAUGGGUGA